AGGGCGGCGGGCGUCCGGCUCUGAGGUGGUGGCGGCAGCGGCGGCGGUGGCGGCGACUCCGGACUGGGGUCGGCUGGGAGCGAGCGAAGGUCGGGGGGGCCGGGUCGAGGGCCGAUCCCCCGGCUCGACCAUCCGUCCGCCGCCCGGACGCCUGGGCCGCGGAGUUUGUGUCCCGGCUCGGACCCCGGCGCCCAGCCCGGAGCCGUAACCUUGAGGCGGCGGCGGCGGGGCCGGGCCGGGCCGGGCCGGGGGACGGCGGCGCUGGAUCCGCGGCUGCCCGAUCAUUGGCGGGAGAUGUCGAACCCCGGGACGCGCAGGAACGGCUCCAGCAUCAAGAUCCGUCUGACAGUAUUAUGUGCCAAGAACCUUGCAAAGAAAGACUUCUUCAGACUCCCCGACCCUUUUGCGAAGAUUGUCGUGGAUGGAUCUGGGCAGUGCCACUCAACGGACACUGUGAAAAACACGCUGGACCCAAAGUGGAACCAGCACUACGAUCUAUAUGUUGGGAAAACUGAUUCUAUAACCAUCAGUGUGUGGAACCACAAGAAAAUUCACAAGAAGCAGGGAGCUGGCUUCCUGGGGUGUGUGCGGCUGCUCUCCAAUGCCAUCAGCAGAUUGAAAGAUACUGGAUACCAGCGUUUGGAUCUAUGCAAACUAAAUCCCUCAGAUACUGAUGCAGUUCGUGGCCAAAUAGUGGUCAGUUUACAGACACGAGACAGAAUAGGCACUGGAGGGUCUGUGGUAGACUGCAGAGGACUGUUAGAAAAUGAAGGAACGGUGUAUGAAGACUCGGGGCCGGGGAGGCCUCUCAGCUGCUUCAUGGAGGAGCCAGCCCCUUACACUGAUGGCACCGGGGCUGCUGCGGGCGGCGGGAGCUGCAGGUUUGUGGAAUCCCCAAGUCAAGAUCAGAGACUUCAGGCACAGCGACUGCGAAAUCCUGAGGUCCGAGGGUCACUCCAGACGCCCCAGAACCGACCGCAUGGCCACCAGUCCCCGGAGCUGCCCGAAGGCUACGAACAGAGAACAACUGUGCAGGGGCAGGUUUAUUUUCUGCACACACAGACUGGAGUCAGCACAUGGCACGACCCCAGGAUACCAAGUCCCUUGGGGACCAUUCCUGGGGGAGAUGAAGCUUUUCUAUACGAAUUCCUUCUCCAAGGCCAUACAUCUGAGCCCAGAGACCUUAACAGCGUGAACUGUGAUGAACUUGGACCACUGCCGCCUGGUUGGGAAGUCCGGAGCACCGUUUCCGGGAGGAUAUAUUUUGUAGAUCAUAACAACCGAACAACCCAGUUUACAGACCCGCGGUUACACCACAUCAUGAAUCACCAGUGCCAACUAAAGGAGCCCAGCCAGCCGCUACCGCUGCCCAGCGAGGGCUCUGUGGAAGACGAGGAGCUUCCUGCCCAGAGAUAUGAGAGAGAUUUAGUCCAGAAACUGAAAGUCCUCAGACACGAACUGUCACUUCAGCAGCCUCAGGCUGGUCAUUGCCGGAUCGAAGUAUCCAGAGAGGAGAUAUUUGAGGAGUCUUAUCGCCAGAUAAUGAAGAUGCGACCAAAGGACUUGAAAAAGCGACUGAUGGUGAAAUUCCGUGGCGAGGAAGGUUUGGACUACGGUGGGGUGGCGAGGGAGUGGCUUUAUUUAUUGUGCCAUGAGAUGUUAAAUCCGUAUUAUGGGCUCUUCCAAUACUCUACGGACAACAUUUACAUGCUGCAGAUCAACCCAGAUUCUUCCAUCAACCCUGACCAUUUGUCUUAUUUCCAUUUUGUGGGUCGGAUCAUGGGCCUCGCUGUGUUCCAUGGACACUACAUCAAUGGGGGGUUCACAGUUCCCUUCUACAAACAGCUCCUGGGGAAACCCAUCCAGCUGUCUGACUUGGAAUCAGUGGACCCAGAACUACAUAAGAGCUUAGUGUGGAUUCUAGAGAACGACAUCACCCCCGUGCUGGACCACACAUUCUGCGUGGAGCACAAUGCUUUCGGGAGGAUUCUCCAGCAUGAACUGAAACCCAACGGCAGAAACGUACCUGUCACCGAGGAGAACAAGAAAGAAUAUGUCCGGUUAUACGUAAAUUGGAGGUUUAUGAGAGGCAUCGAAGCCCAGUUCCUAGCUCUUCAGAAGGGAUUUAAUGAGCUCAUCCCUCAACACUUACUGAAGCCUUUUGACCAGAAGGAGCUGGAGUUGAUUAUUGGUGGCCUGGACAAGAUCGACCUGGAUGACUGGAAGUCCAACACGCGGCUGAAGCACUGUGGGGCCGACAGCAACGUGGUCCGGUGGUUCUGGCAGGCAGUGGAGACCUUUGACGAGGAGAGGAGGGCCAGGCUCCUGCAGUUCGUGACCGGGUCCACGCGGGUCCCUCUCCAGGGCUUUAAGGCCCUGCAAGGUUCUACAGGCGCCGCAGGGCCCCGGCUCUUCACCAUCCACCUGAUCGACGCCAACACGGACAACCUCCCCAAGGCCCACACCUGCUUUAACCGGAUCGACAUCCCACCUUACGAGUCGUACGAGAAGCUUUACGAGAAGCUGCUGACGGCCGUGGAGGAGACCUGUGGGUUCGCGGUGGAGUGAGGAGCAACCAGAGGCGCCAGGUUCUAGCUCACGACCACCAGCCCAAAGCGCACGGCUCUGUGCGCCUCCGGCCUGCGACGCUGGCUGAGGCUCUGGAAUUCUCGAUGACCUGAGGGAAAGGCUUGUCGCCCCUCCUUUUUGUGGGGGGAGCAAGGGGGGCGGGGGGACUUUGGUUGGUGGCUCCCACCCACGUUUUCCUCCUUUGACAGAACUCCCACCCCCUCCCAUCACCCAUCCAAUAAAACAAGCCAGGUUUAGCACUGGCUUCGGUUACACAGGAUGUUAUGCUACGGUUCUGACACUGACGGGGACAGGCUCCCAGCCCUGUGGUCUUUCUGGGGGUCUCGGCACGAAGCUGGGCUACCCUAGCUCUUCUGUCUCAGAGCAGACCUGAGGCUCUUUUCAAGUCCAGCAGCUCAGAUUCCAAAUUCCCCAUCCAGCAGCCUGCUCUGGGUAACAGAUGGACUUCUAAGCGAACAGUAACCGUAGAAUAUAUGCUUCUUGGAAUUCUGGCACGGCAGGAAGCUGGAGUCAAAAAUGCACUUCCCUUUUGGAAAGGUAAGGGAGGAGGGCAGCGCUCGCUUGAGGCCCGGGCAUUUCUUUUCAGGGUAUCCUGGCUGAAAAAUUUGUUCUGCAUAGAGAAGAGUGAUCUUUUCUUUUAAGAGUCCCUUUAGCCACAUUAUCUGUCCAGUUCGAAAUAUUUUCCCAGUGAAAACACCACAUAAUGGAGCUUGUAAAAGGCCAAAACCAGCCUCAGGUCCAUGCACCAGGCGCUGUGCCCCCUGCCCCCCGAAGGGCGUCGCUGGUUCACUCGAAAUUAACAAACCAUCGGAAAGUGCCGCGCGCUGCGCUCACAGGACGGGAUUGUCAUCGUAGCUUCAGGCUCGGGGCCGACUAGCUUAAAAGGGAGAGAGGGAGGGAACCUCAUGACCCAAACCCACGCCAAGUUGCUGUUUUACAGAAAGCGGGUUGUGGGUAUAAACAUGCCCGCAGAGGGGCAGCUCCGCCCGGGCCUGUCCAGCCCACUUCCCCAGCGCCUAAUGGUGACGGUAACAGUUGCCCCUCGAUUCACUUCCCUGGCCGUCUCUGCACAAAGAGCAAGGCCAGGGCCGCCUCGACCCUGUUUCUAACACCGUUUCCCAAUUUGCACAAAAGUUCCAACAAUAUUUUAGCAAGUGGUGUGACUUCAGACAGCUAAACUGGAGCGGAAAGAGCGGCGGCAACAAGUUUUCCCGUCUGGUUUGUUGUUGUGUUUGUUUUCGGGCAAGUGCAGGCAGGUCAUUAGUGAGACAUUUCACUGCUGAAGCUUUGUUGUUGAGGUUCCCGGAUGUGGGGCCGGGGUCCAGCUUGCGGGUCUGAGGUGGGGGCGGGGAGCUUCCUGGCCGAGUUGCUGUCCUUGUCGUCACUAACACCUGUUAGCGUGCUGGGUGUGGAGGCAUCCGGACCCUCUGCGUCUUGCUGUGGUUCUUUUGCUUGACCUGGAAGCGGCCUGUGGUCUGACGUUCGGGGGCUGCCAGUUGCGGGCUGUGGUUCCAGGAGCGGAGGGAGCCAGGCUUCCGGGCUCCUUGCUGAAGUUCUGGGACCGGAAAGAGGCCGGUGCCGCUAACUGCAGGGGGAGACGGGGGGUCCAGCGUGGAAGGCCAGGCCGCCUGUGCGCUGUCCCCCUCAAGUCCUGCUUGUUGGGCUCUCCUGUGUGUCAUUUACCACGAUACUCGAGGGUGUUCUAGAAGCUGGCUCCUGUGACGCCACGCAGUCCUCUCUUGGGGUCUUCUUGGGAGGAGUGAGGAAAUGAAUGAUAACAGACCCCCCCCCCCACGGGUCUCUCUAAUGAGAACCCAAACCGGGAGGAGGAGAUGUCCUCGGGAACUGAGACCCCAAGACUGAGGGAGGAAGACCCACCUGGUUUUCCUGUGGCGUCGGCCACAAUCCCUGGUAAUUAGGAGGGAAACAAGGGUCCAGUGGUUGAAAACAUCUGGAAACAGGAAUGUGGCAUCUACGUUCUUUAAUGCUACCUUCCUGCUGUGAGGAGGAGGGGGACAGCGCCUCUGCCGGCCCCAGGCUGCUCUCCUGCGUCGGGUCACCUCAGCAAGAUCCAGGGGGUCGUGUCCUGGCUCCUCCAUGGGCAGCUGGGGACACACGCGUUGCCCGCCAUGAGGCCUGGUCUCUGCUUUCCUACUUGCACUUGGGCCUGGGCACCCUCAGCAGCUGUGCGGGUGGAGCCUGACAGAACAGAACCUUCCAGAGCCCUAGUUCCCUCUUGCCAAACAGGCCGGUCAGUGGCACUGCACUCCCAGAACCUUAACUGUUCACCGUGGACUGGGCCUCUGAACCUCCCUCCCCCACCAAAGAACAGUGUGGCCCCAGGUGGUCCAGGCUCCCGGUUACUCCACUUUGGGUCUGGUGAACCCUCCCAUCGGCCACCCCUCUCGGGAACCCUAGACGGCCCACCGGUCCCCUCGCCCCUCUGCCCAGAUGCUUCAGGGCCCGCCUCUCAGGCCUGCCCUCACCAGCGGUCCUCAGCCACCCUCAGGGAAGCAGCAAACCGCCGCUCUGCCAGCGCGUGGGCAGGAGGAGGGAGGGGCCUCGCGGGCCGCGCGCAGGGCAGGUGGUCCUCAGCUCUGAGCUGUCCGAGGACACGCCCCCACCCCAGCCGCAGCCAGGUGUGCCCCACACGGCAGCCUUCCCGAAACAUAGUAUGAAUUUUUAAAAUUUGUUUAUUUUUGUUUCUCAACCACUUUAUAAUGUAUUUUUAAUUUAUUUUGUAACGUCUUGCGUGUUGCUGCUAUCCUUGUUACUCUCCCCACUGUUUUUAUUGCCGAUUUAUUUUGUGAAAGUUGUACACUAAUGUUCUGUUUUAUGUCAAAAUCAAAAGUAUUUAAAGAAAUACUAGUUCUAUUUGAUGUGGUUAUGGAACCAGCUGGAAACAACAUAGGCCGUGACUGCACAGCAGGCCGGGCCCGGGUGGCAGGCUCGUUUUGUUACACAUGCAAUAAACUACAACUUUACAUUU